CCCAACAUCAUUCUGAAUUAUCACUUUCCAGGGAGGCAAGAGUUUAAUCUUUCAAAUGAACCAUAUGGUGAUAGAAGAGGCCAUUGGUUCCAAGGGCAGAAGACUGGUGCUACCCUUGGGCAUAGGAGAAACAUUAGGAUCAAGAACACACCUAUUGGAGCCAGAUUGCCUGGAGCUGAAGUUCAUUCUGCCACCAGCUAUUGAGAACUGCUGUUCUAUGGAUGGCUACAGAAAUGCAGAGAGAAUACCUGAGGAACACAUGGCUUCUAUCCCAAUCCAUACUCCUGUUUGCUACUGAAGACUAUAUAAAAAUAGUUGGAAAUUGAAGAAUGCAAUGGAAAGCAAGAUGAACAAGGCAAGGGUAUGUAGCCAUCAAUUCCAGAUCCAUGGAGCCAUUAUUUAGUUAGAGACAUCCCUGCCACGCGGCACAUAGAUUUAUAACUCUGAGCAAAGGUUUCAACAAAUACGAUUUCUUCACUCCAAAGUUCAUGUAUGUGUGCUCCUUGAAAUAAAGAACAGAGCAUUUCUGUCUUCUGGUCUCUAAUCCCAGAAGCCUUGGCAGGAGAGGCAGGUGGAGUUCCAAAAGGUCUUCUUAUAGCUCUGGAGAUAAUGACUGGCUCAAACAAGUUGGCGCCGCAUGGGGGGACAUCCAUGGACCUUAUUUAUCUCUCCCUCUCUCUCUCUUUUUUUAAGUCUGACACAGAGUCUGCAUUGACAUAGGCAGUCCAGAAAAAAGAAACUGUGUCUGUUAUACCUUUUACUUAAGUGGGAUAAAUGGAAAGAUCAUUACUGAAAGAUUUGUUGGAAUCACACUUCUUAUCCAGACAAUCCAUUGUCAUUUUGCAAUUCAAAAGUUCUACUCAGAGGGGUUAAAAAAAAAAAAAAGGGACAAAAUUUGGGAUUAGGUUUAAUGACUUGGAACAUGCAAGGACCAUAAUUAAAUUUCUGAGUCCAUAUCUUGGAUGUGGAUACGUGGUUGGAGAUACACAUCAGACUCUUCAAUGGCUAUAUUACCCUGCCCCCACCACGCCCCCUUCCAUGAAGAUGGGCAACAGGGAUGGUGCUUGAAUUCUUUCAUAACUGUCACUAAACAAUUUGUUUCUUUAACAUCUCACAUAGAUGGCUGAAAUAACACGGAAAGCUCCCAGGGUUCCAGACUGGAAAAUGGAUUCUACAUCUCUGUUACCAACGUUUUUAGACGUGGAUCUGACAAUAUCACAUGUAGAAUGUCUUCCCAAGGAUAUUCUGGUGAAAUUUCAAGGCAAAAAUAAUAUUGAAUGUGAAUUUGACUACCACAUAUUACAGCGGGAAAUGCAGCACAUUCCAAAAGAAAAAAAUAACGUGGACAUUGAUGAAUUUUGUUUGGUAGAAGAAAGUGUAUCUGGCGAAUGGCAGAGAGGAAGAGUCAUGGAAAAGAAAAAUGAACUCUAUACAGUGCUCCUCAUAGAUCAUGGAAAAGAACUAAAAGUUAAUAGUACACAGGUUGCUUCGGCCUGUGGCAACUUAUUUGAGCUACCGCCACGGGUAAUAGUUGGUAUUUUUGCCAACAUACUACCAAAUGGGGAAAGAUGGCCUCCUAAGGCUUUGAAUUACUUCAAGUCAUUAGUAGGACUACAAGUGAAAGGCUGUGUACAAGCUGUUUUGCCUCUUCAAAUGGUUCUUCUUGAAGUGCCAAAAAUUAUAUCACAGGUUCUUGAAUUACAAUUAGGCAGACUUAUCGAUGGGGAUUCGUUUCGUCUUAUUGUGGAAAUGUUAAAAGAAUUCCCACAGGAAAUACCAGAUUUACUAAAACAUAAAAGACCUGAGUUACCAUUAAGUAAUAAUGAUGCUUCACUUGAUAUUCAACACAUUCUGGGUAAUUUGCAGCCAACUUUGUCAGUAGGCAGUAUUGAAAGUAUAAAGAUAUCCUCUGCAUUGAGCCCAAGUAAAUUUUAUUGUCAGCUAAUUAAAUGGAUUCCAGAAUUAGAAAACUUAACAGUGUGUAUGACUUUGCAUUAUGAUACAGCCAGUCAAGAAAGUAGUCCCACAUGUGAUAACUUUGGACUACUUUGUGUUGCCAAAAGAAGAAAUGGACAGUGGCAUAGAGGAAUUCUUCAGCAGCUCUUGCCCAAUAAUCAAGUGAAAAUUUGGUUCAUGGAUUAUGGCAAUAGUGAGGCUAUACCCUCCAUCCAUGUAAAGAAACUUAAGCAGGAUUUUAUUUUAGUACCAUUAUUUUCAUUUCCAUGUUCUCUGACAUAUUUGCACAGUCCAGAUAGAGAUGCCAGUAAAUCUCAACUGAGUGUAUUUAAACAAGCUUUGUUAGGACAAAUAGUAUAUGCACACCUUGAUUGGUUCCAUAAGGAUGAACAUUUGUAUUAUGUAACACUACAAACUCAGGAGUCUACAAUUAAUUCUAAGUGUCUGCUGAAGACUGUAGGCACACAAGUACUCUGUCCAGUGUCUGAUUCAAAAAUCUCUAAUAUGUUUAAGGAGACUAAUGCUUCUGAUGUAAACAGCUUUGCAGUUGAGCAUUUUACUGGAAAUAUUGAAAGGCCGAUAGACUCUCUAAAUAAAAAUACUUUGAAAGUAGGUUUUCCUGUUAAAACUGUAGAGAUGGACAUACGGGCUGCCUAUAUUGCUUUUGUGGCCUAUGUAUUAAACCCAUCAAAUUUCUGGGUACGCACUAAUGAACAUCAACAUGAACUUCAAGAUAUAAUGAAAAAUAUAAACAAAUCUUAUGACUUGUGUGAAAAUGAUGAACUGAUUCUAAGAAAUCCAGAGCCCGGAUUAUUAUGCUGUGCUAGAUACAGCAAGGACAGAUACUUUUACAGGGCUGUCAUCACUGAAAUUAAUGGUUAUAAGAUUAAUGUUUAUUUUAUAGAUUAUGGAAAUACUGAUUCCAUACCAUUUUUUGAUGUAAAAAUUUUGCUUCCAGAGUUUUGUGAGUUGCCUGCCUUAGCCAUGUGCUGUUCACUUGCACAUAUAUUUCCUGUUGAAGAUUUAUGGGUUAAGGCAGCAAUUGACUAUUUUAAAAAAAUUGUCUUGAACAAAGCAAUUUUGCUUCAAGUUAUAGCAAGAAAAGAUGACAAGUACAUUGUAAAUAUUCAGAGUAUUGAAGCCUCAGAAAAUACUGAUGUUGUCUCUCUCAUGUUACAAGCUGGAUAUGCAGAAUAUUGGGAAGUAGAACCAGAAUGUCUCCCCAAAUCUGUAAGUGAAUAUUCAGUGUUAAAUUUAAAGUGUAAAAACAAAGUUAAUAUUAAAGUCCUAUCUGCCCUUCUUGAAGGACCUAAACCUAAGAAGUAUCAUUCAAAUAAGCUAAAAGACAGUAACUCGUCUUUGUUAAAGUCCCCAGCUGUUAAUUUCUCAGAUUUAAGAAAUCCUUCUACCUUGUCUGUGGGACCAGAAUUGAUACGACCUUAUAAAGAAUAUAUGUUUAAACCAGGAACAGUCCUUGAAGUCAAGUGUUCUUCUUAUUAUGGCCCAGGAGACUUUUCAUGCCAGCUUCAAAGUAAGUUAGAAGACCUAAAAUUACUAAUGGAUCAGAUUCAGAAUUAUUACAGCAUUCAUUCUGAUCCUUAUCAAACUGGGCAGAUUGCUUGUGUUGCUAAGUAUUCCAAAGAUGGGAAGUGGUAUAGAGCUGCUAUUUUGACUCAAGUAUCAAGAAAAGAAUUUGACAUAGUAUUUGUUGAUUAUGGUUACCAAGAAAGGGUUUUAGUUAAAGAUAUUUGUGCUAUUAACCCACGUUUUCUUGUUUUAGAAGUCCAAGCCUUCAGAUGUAGUCUUAACCAUUUAGUUGAACACAUCAGUGGUAAAUUCUGUUGGACAAGAGAAGCAUGUAGAGACUUGAGGAAUUUUAUUUCUUCCUCUGGAGGGUUAUUGACUUGUGUCAUUUAUGCCUUAGCUCUUAUAUAUCCAAACUGUUUAUAUAACUUGGUGGAUUUACAGUCUCCACUUACUAGUGCAAGAGAAUUUCUCAUUAAUCAUGGCUCAGCACAGUAUAGUAUGUUAUCAAAGCCAUUCCCAUCUUCAGUUAGUCUUUACAGUUACUGUUAUUCUUCCUUUAACAUAAAAAUUGGAAGCGAGGAAGAAAUAUACAUAUCUCACAUAUAUAGUCCCAAAAAGUUUUAUUGCCAACUUAGUAGAAAUAUUAAAGACCUAGAGAUGAUAGAAACAAAAAUUGUAGAGAUUAGUAACCUCAAAAAUUGUCCAAAAUAUGAUCCUAGUAAAAUGAGGUUGUGCAUAUCUAAGUAUAUAGAGGAUGGUGUCUCUUACAGAGCUUUAGCAAUGCCAACGGAUUCAUUAACUGAUUUUCUGGUCUAUUUUGUGGACUUUGGAAAUAAGCAGUUAGUAGAAGAAAGUACAUUGAGGGUGAUUUCAGAUCAGUUUCCAGAAUUGCUGUUUACACCCAUGCAAGCUAUUAAGUGUUUUUUGUCAGAUGUUAGAGAUGUAGAUAUUCCAGCAGAAAUCAGUGGCUGGUUUGAAGAUAACUUCUUAGGAAAACCGUUAAGGGCAAUAAUAUUGUCCAGGGAGUCAGAUGGCCAGCUUGGUAUAGAUUUGUAUGAUGGAUGUCAACAUAUAAAUGAGGAAAUUAAAAUGUUGCUUCAUGCUUAUGGAAAGAAACAUUGUGACCAAUCACACUGUGUGGAAAAGAGUCCUAAAAUAAGUGAGAACGAAAGACUUGCUGUUUCUUUGAAAGGCAAAAUAGAAAACAGUUAUCAUCAUAAUAUGAUAAAUAAAACUAAUCUAGUAAUGUAUUCUGAAAGCAAAAUAGAUCAAUUAAUGAAUCCUGGAAGUACAUAUGCCAAGCUUUUGAAACCAUCAGUUUGUUAUAAAAUUGAACCGGUGUCAAAAACCAAAGUGAACUCUUUGAGUAGUGGACUAAAAAGUAAGGGUGUAAAAAGUGUCUCUGGAUCUGCACAUGCUCUCGAUGAAAAUGAUGUGGGCCACAGAUCAGUAAGGGUUGUAUCACAGUGUUUUAGUGGAGAAUUAAAUCAAGCAGCCUCUCAAAACCCAUCUAAUCUUAUGAGACCACAGAUCAAAGAUCUUCCUCAACCCCAAAUCUACUUGAAUGCCAAAGUUAAAGGAUAUGUUUCUAAUAUCAGUAAUCCAGCAAGUUUCCAUAUCCAGCUGGCUGAGAAUGCAAAUGUAAUAAUCAGACUCACAGAUGCUCUAAAUGGAAGCAGAGCAAAUUUAGUGAAAGAGAGAAAAUCAGUGAAGCCUAUGGUGGGAGACCUUGUCAUUGCAGAAUACUUUGGUGACCAUGCCAUCUACAGAGCAGUAAUUAAGAGAAUUCUGCCAGGAAAUUCUUUUGAAGUGGAAUUUAUUGACUAUGGUAAUACUGCGGUAAUAAGUGCUUCCAAAAUUUAUGAAUUUCAGAGGGAAUUCUUAACUGUUCCUCAGCUAGGAAUCCAUUCUUUUCUUAGUGGAGUCAAGUGGAAUGAGCCUGAUGAAAUAUGGGACAGUAACACUGUGGAUUUUUUCACAUCAAAAGUGAGUAACAAAACAGUUUCUUGUGAAUUUUUGAAAAAGCAUGAGCGGAGAUGGGAAGUCAGUAUCAUUUGUGACGGAACGUGUAUCAUUAAUGAAUUACUGAAAUGGACAGCAUAUUCAAAACUACGGAAAACAGUAUUGCAGUUGCCUGUGGCUGUCUCUCAAAAGGUGAGCUCUGGGGAGGAUGAUGAAAUGAAGAAAGGAAAAUCAAACGAGUGUGAAGGUCCUGAGAUCCUUCAACCAUCCUGCCAACAGCUGGUUAAGAUUCCUUUGGAAGAGUUAAAACCUGGACAACUUGAAAAGUCUGAAAUACUUUAUGUCUCAAAAAGUGGGAUCUUUUAUGUGAAGUUAUCCAAAAAUAAAAAAAUCUUAUCAGAUUUAACAGUAUUAAUCGCCAAAGAAGUAAAGAAACCCUCUUUAUCAAUUGAAAAUAUUGAAAAAGGUUUAGAGUGCUUGGCAAAAUCUAAAAAAUCCUUGAAGUGGUAUCGAUCAAAAGUAGCAAAGAAGUGUGUUGAUGAGAAAGUGCUUGUUUUUUUAGUAGAUCGUGGUAAGUAUGAAAUAGUGCCUUUCAGUAAUACCAAGAUGCUUAGUAAUGAAAUUAGAAAUAUUCCAAGACAAGCUGUGCCUUGUAAAUGGAUUUGGUUUGAAAAUUUUAAAAGCCGGCCAUUUGAGUCCAUUGUGGGUUUAUUUGCACAUUUGGAAAUAAAUAUUCUUUUCCUGAAAUAUUUAGACUCUGUGUGGAAAGUAGACAUUCUGAUAGAUGGCCUGUUACUUUUGGAAUAUUUAAAUUUAAAUAAAGUUCAUGUUGAAAACAAACUUAAAUCUUCAGAAACUAUUUUGAGUGUGGAAUCUAAAACUACUGUGUCCUCUUGUACAACAAGAUCAUAUACUUGGGCCCAGCUCCACAAUGGAAAACAAUAUUCUGGUAUUGCCACUGCUAUUUCUGAUCCAUCAGAUUUCUGCGUUCAGUUAGAAGAUUUCUUUGACAUAAUGAAAUCUCUCUUUGUGUUGCUUUCUGAUCUACCAGAAAAGUUGCAAAGAGUGCCUCAAGAGUGCAUAAUUCCCGGUGCUAGUUGUUUGUUCAAAUAUGAAUUGGAAGAUCAGUGGAAUAGAGUAGAAAUCUCUGAGGUCUCUAAUCAAUCUUUAUUACUUGUGUUGAUCGACUAUGGAUUUUCUGUUUCCAUACCUUAUUCAGAUAUAAAAAAUCUGAAAGUUGCUCCUGUCGAACUUUUGAAUAUACCAAGGUUGAGUUAUCCUUGUAUCUUACACGGUAUCUUACCUGCUGAAGGGAAACACUGGAAUGUAGAAGCCAAAAGUUUUUUUCAAGAAUUCCUAAGUAAACCAGGCUUAGUUUUUCAGUUUAGGACAUAUAAUCUUGAAACAAAACUGAAAGUAGAGGUCAUUCAUGAGAAGAACAAUUUGGCAGAUAUGUUAGUUGCUUCUGGUUUUGCAGCGUAUUGUAAAGAUUCAGAUCGUCUUAAUGAUGGAAUUAGUACUGGAUCUACUACAAUCCAGCCUCAAUUACAGGGGAAGCCUCUCUUCCCAUUGUUAGAUCAAAAUUGUUAUAGAAGGGAAAAUAUAAGUUGUACCUGCUCUGAGAAACAAAGGCAAAAAGAGAAAACUGUAAAGAGGAAAGAAGUCUACCAGAACCUCUUAAGGAAAAGCUGUAUCCGUAAAAGAUUAUAUUCUAGAAACGUAACUCUGAGAGAGAAGGCUGAUGUUGGGCAGUGUAAUCCCCAAAGUUCCUUUACAUUGGAUACGUGUUCAGCUUCAUUUUGGGAACCACCUAAUGGUUUCAAGAAUAACAUCAAUUAUGCUGAAAACAUUUUUGAAAAACUACCAACUGAAGAAAUACAGGAAAACAACAUAGUGGAUUUGAGAAUAGCAGUAAAAGCAUCGCACGCUAAUGAAAAAAUUGUAUCAGAGGAACCGUUAAAGGUGCAAGGAGAUGAAAGCUCAGAUCUUUUAUGCAUCAGUUUGGCAACAGAUAAUACAUAGGAUACCCAGUAAUUCCUGUUUUGUUUUAGAUGCUCCAAAUAUAUAAUAAAAGUGGUCUUGAGAUCAAGAAGAACUGUACCUGAGGAACUGCUUCCGGGGAGCCUAAUCUACCCUUGGACCUGAUUUAGAUGAUGAGGUCUGAGGCUGUUCUGAUGCCAUAAUGGAUUGAGACUUUGGAGGUCUUGGGAAAGGUGUAGUGUCUUCUGCAUAUGAGAAUGAUGUGAAUGGGGGCCAUAGGGCAUACUGUGUUGCAUUUUAUUAUCCAAAGAUUGUCACGGUAAAAUUUAAGCUUUCAUCCACUGCAACUUUUCUAUUCCCCCUCAAGAAGGGGAGUAUAUAAUUACCCUUUCCUUGGAAGUGGGUAAGCUUGAGUCCUUUGACCAAAAGUCAUGGAGUUGAAGUGAUGCCAUGUCAUCUUACAAGUUACUUCACAAACAAUGAUGUAGCUUUCACCUUAUUUUCUGGAAUACUUGUUACCUGGUGCCUUGGACCAUCAUAGAAGAAAUCCAAAUACCACAUCUAGGUUGUGAGGAAGCCCAAGCCACAUGGCAAGUCCAUGUGUAAGGACUGUCAACAGUUACAUACCCCAACCAUUUGAGUUUUCCUUGCUGAAGCCAUGGGUAUUGAUUGUACAGAAACAAGCAAACUCCAUCAUGUUCAUCACAUCCAAAUUCCAAAGCUACAGGAUCCAUGAACCUAAUAUAGUAGUGAUGUUUUAUACUAAGCCUUGAGAUAGUUAAGUAGAACAACUGGAUAACUUAUAAUCCACUUAUAAAGUAUCUUUAGACCUUUUGGCAUAUGGUGAGAAUAAAAAGACCUGGUAAUAAGUGUGAAUUUCAGUGAAAAAGUGUGACAUGUUUUAUCUGCCUAAUGGCUUGCUAUUCAUUUAUUUGGUUUUGGGAUACUAACUCCUAUGGCUAUAUGAG